CGGGGGGGCGGGGCUUCGGGCGUGCCGGGGAGCGCGCUCCCGCCUUUGGCAGCGGGACCGCGCGGGGCGGGAGCGGCGUGUUUGGGGCUGCACCGGGACACACCGGGCGGGACGCGGCCUGGCCCAGGUGAGGCCCUGCCAGGAGCAGCACCGGGAGCAGCUGCCGUGUCUCCCCAGGGACCGACCGGGACGGUGCCGGUGCCGGUGCCAUGAAGGAGGACCCCGAGCGCCCCGUCGCCUUGGGUUACACCGUCACCAAACCCGACAUCCUGGCUGAGGUGGAGCGAGGAGAGGAGGCAGCGGCAGCAGCCGGGCACUACAGAGAGCACCGGAGCCCUGGGCCACGUAUGGCACCCGCUGGCCCCUCCCAGGGGGACUGGCUGGGGAAGGAGGUGAAGAGUGAGGAAGGGGUGUCCCCGCCGCCUGGCUCCCCCCCAUCCCACCGCACUGCCUCCAGCGACUUCCCCGUCCCGCUGCAGGAACGGGGCUGCAGCUAUUGCGGCGUCUCUGAGCCAGAGCUAAAUCCCAGUGUUGGUAACGGGGGGUUCAUCACCUCACCCCCUGCCUUCGAGAGCCGCCGGUGCCAGCCAGGGGAGCCGCUGCUCGAGUGUGCUGAGUGCGGCCGAGGCUUUGGACAAAAGCCAGACCUGGUGCGGCACCGGCUGGUGCACAGUGGAGAACGUGCCUAUGCCUGUGGCCGCUGUGGAAGAGGGUUCACUGAGGUGGUGGUGCUGGGGACCACAAGCGGCCCCUGCCGCCCAGCCCCCUGUGCCAGCCGCUCCUCGGGGACGGCAGAGGGGACAACGGCAGCACCCCGGAAGGAGCGGAAGGAGUUGUCACUGACAGAGAAGGUACGGGUGCUGGAGAUGCUGGAGGGCCCCAAGGUGUCACAGAAUGAGCUGGCCAAGCGCUUUGGGGUGUCGCAGCCCCAGAUCUGCCGCAUCAUCAAGAACAAGGAGCGGAUCCUGAGUGAGUGGCACCGCAGUGGCGACCCUGAGCGCAAACGCAAGCGGGAAGGGAAGGACGUAGCCCUGGAGACUGCUCUGCUGCGCUGGGUGAAGGGUGCCUGCACCACUGACCUGCCUGUCAGUCGCCCGCUCCUCCAGCUCAAGGCCAAACACCUUUCCGAGACACUGGGCCAGCCCGACCCGGAGCCCAGCAGUGGCAGACUGGCUCGCUUUGGGAUGCGCCACAACCUCACCUUCAAAAAGCCACUGGUGGAGAAAGGAGACUUGGAGCAGCCCACAGCUGAGCAUUGGGCCAGUGCGGUGCUUCCUGGCCUCCUCCGCAGCUAUGCGCCUUCUGAAAUCUAUGCCUGCGGGGAGACGGCCGUCCUCAACCCAGCCAGCUCCCCCGGUGAGAGCACCGGUGACCGGCUGACACUCCUGCUCUGCACCAAUGCCAGCGGCUCAGAGAAGGCCCCACUGAGGGCAGUGGGGGAAAGCGCCCAGCCCCGCUGCCUGCGGGGUGUCAACCUGGGGCAGAUGCCCUGGAGCUACCGUGCCAGCAGCCUGGCCACUAUGACCGCUCCCCUCUUCGCUGAGUGGCUGCGGGAGUUCAAUGAGGGGAUGCGGCGGCAGGGGAAGAACAUCCUUCUCCUCCUCAACAAGCACGAGGCUCAUCCCUACCUUCAGCUUUCUAAUGUCAGAAUUGUCUUUGUCCCACCAGCUGCCACCCUGGUCCAGCCCCUCGACCGCGGCAUCACCAGUGACCUCAAGGGCCACUACCGGCGCCGGCUGCUAAGGUGGCUGCCGGCAGAGCGUGGUGUGGGGCAGCCGAACCUCCUGGAUGUUCUGCACAUGCUGGCGCAGGCAUGGGGUGACGUGCACCCUGGGCUCAUUGCCAGCUGCUUCCGUGCUGCCAGCUUCUUCCCCGACGCCAGUACUGAGGCCCCAGCGCGUGGCUUGCUCAGCCAGGAGCAGCUGGAGCGCCGCACGCUGACGGACAAGGAGUUGGAGCGUGAUGGAGAGCUGGUGGAUGGGGGUGAGGGGACUGCGGAUGCUGAAGAUGGUGGAGAGCUGGCAGCGGUGCAGCCCUGCCCCUCGGAGCGGGAGGUGUGGCGGAGCCUGGCCACGCUGCGGCGGUACCUGGAGUGCCAGGCCACCUCGCCAGACCUGUUCCAGGCCUUCUACGAGCUGGAGGAUGCUGUGCACAUGCUGUCAGCUGGUACCGGGCAAGCCCUCACCGGGGACAACCCUCCCAGACUGUGAGCGCCAGACCCGCUCGUGCCCGUCAUGGGAACUGGUGUUCAUUGGGGCCAUCACCAGCUUGGCCUGGCCAUUGUCUCCUGCAGCAGUGUCAGCCGAGUUGUGCUGUGGGGUUUGCUGUGGGUCUGUGUGGCUCAGGGACAAAGGGAGUGCCCAGUGGGGUGCAUGGAGGCUGUGAAACUGCAAUGCUCAGGGACUGGCUGUGGCAGCACUGGGGGCAUGAACCUGCUGCCAGAACUUUCUCCCAGAGUGUGGUUUCUGCAGCAGCAGGAGCUGUCAUGGAGCUGCCCCUGGGGACAAUUUGCCCUGAGUGGGGUGGUUGUGUUUACUGGGGGGGAGGGGGAAAUGGGGUGGUGCUGGGGUAUCCCCCAUGCUAGGGGCUCCUCCCACUUCCCAUGGGGGUUUUGGGGUGAUCGGGUGCCACCAGCUGCUGUCACCACCUUGGUGCCCGAGGGCUUGCGACAGGCAUUAAAAAGGCAGAAAUCAUCAAAGCA